CGUUUAACGAGCAACCGAAAUGUCGACUUUGAAACAACGGGUUUUAAUAAAAGGGUCGCAUGAACCAAAAUUCCCAGCGAAUAUUAGCCAAUCGUCUUUUCAGCUGCACAUGCCGCCAAAGAAAACUGUCAAGAUGGGCACCAAAAUUUUGAGCAGAAUAAAGAUUGAGGGCUCCGAAUCACCUGCUAAAGAUGUCGUCACGGAACUGAUCACCGAAAAAUAUCAAAGUCGCUUGAGCCUCUGUAUGGAGCGCAUGCUUCAUCGUCGACUAUCCAGAGACUCGAAGUCGUCCACGGAUGACGGCUUUAGUUCCAGUUACUCUAGCAGAGUCGGUACCCCCGAUAGUAUAUGCAGUGGGAGGAGCUAUUUUUCCCUUUGCUACCACACCAGAAAGGAUGGUGACCACUUGGAGGAUUCGAAGAGCACGUUUUCGCUCUUCGUACCCGUUCGAAAAAUGGAAGGCGGCGUUUGGUUGCACGAAAUCAAAAACGGCAGCGGAAGGAACGCAUGUUCCUUUGCUAAUUUAAAGGAUACCAAAUCGCCUAGUGGUUUUCAGAUCAAAGAAUGCACAAAAGAUGUCCAACACCUGACGAAAGCGCUGACCGUUCAAAACGGAAUUAUCACACAGAUUUCGAAAGCUUUGUCGUACUGCAAGAAAAUUAAAAGUUCGAAUAAUUCAGACGAGUACCUCGAAGCCGAAAGAAUAUUGUUAGUCGCAAUACUAUCCAGGGAGGCAAUUUCUACAACUUUGGGUAACCUGGAAUUCGAUCAUGAAUUUUAUAACGAAUCUAAUCCUGGAACUGUGGAAAUAUCCAAAAUUCACUUUUAUGCGGACGUCAACGUUAACGCGGAAAAAAUGACUGAAUACUUUGUGAUGGUCAUCAGCUGCGGACAAAACGUUCUUUCUAGUCAACCUUUGGUUGCCAACGGAGACGGGGAAAUUGUUGUCGGUGGAAAGUUUAGAUUCGAGGAGUUGCCUCGAGAUUUCGAAAUUACAAUUGCGGUCUACAGUAUGCUUCUCAAGACUAAAAGGCACAAGUUGACCAAGCCAGGGAGAUUGAUCAGCAAAGCAUUGCGAGUUACCUCAAAGCACACAUUUAAUCAUUCCGAACCGACUGAAGAAGAAGAGGCUGCCAAUUUGUCUGUUGCCAGUUCAUUUGCAUUUAACGGCAGCGGUACGAUGAAAAUUUCCGACUUUGGAAAAACCCACUUUACAUUGGAAAAUAUACCAAAGGAAUCCAAUCUUCACGCUACCUUUACAUCUGAAAUUGCAAGCGGCGUGAAGUUGAACCAUCGGCGAAACGGAUUUUUGACCGUCGGAGUAGAACAAAACUCGUGCCUUGUGUGGAAUCUCAGCUGGUGUUUGCUAGAGGGCAGGCAGCUGAAGUACUGGAGGGAACAGAGCCGUGAACAAUCCGAACCAAUAGAGAUUAUCGAAUUGGAAAAUUGUACCACCAAUGAGAUUUUUACGAGCGAGAUUUUUCCGGCCGAUAGGAUUACUUGCCCUAAAGCUAAGAGUCUGAUCUUGUCUAUCAAAAACGCUAACAAAGUGGAGAAAUACUUUCUUUUCCCAGAUACUCUGGAGGAAAUGGAACUCUGGCACAAUGACUUGAACGGCGUUAUUAAUGCGUUGCGGUGCUGGGGUUGUUUGAGAGGGAUUUUAGGUUUAGUAUUUUUAUAACGUGAUUCAUACCUUAUACUUACGAGUUAAAGUAGCGCUGAUGUGUUUAAGCAAUGUGUAUCGGAGUUUCAGUUCCAAUUUAAGUGGAGGUAGAAAAAAUUUUAAAAUGUGGACUAAAUAAAAAAUUGACAAGCGAAAG